AUGACUUGGAGGUUCAACAUCAUGCUCGUCGCCAUCAUCUCUACCUUUCUUUUGACCCUCAGCCAACAAACUAUUUGCCGCAAAUUUCCCAUCAAUAUCAAGCCUAUUUCGAAUCAUUUCCAUCGGCAAACAUUCGGCACCGGCCCAGGAGGAUGCGUUGUCUACGGCUACCCCUCCACUGGUGGAGUUCUCGUCAAAGAGGCUGACCUUCUCGACAUGCUCUUCCUAUCGGUCUCCCGCUCUCAUGAGUCGCAGCGCUCUCCCAGCCUCAAUGAAGAAGACAGAUUCUGUAAACUCAUGCGACGGACUGGUGCCAAGUGGUGGUCGAGUAGGGAGGAUUGA